GAGAGAGUGAGAAAGGCUGCUCUCUCGCAGGAACUCGUUGGCAUCCUUUUUUCUAAUUUUCUGUUUCUUGUCGUGAGUUUUUGGUUCCGCCGUGCAAAUAAACAGCGAUAUCGAUAUCGUCCCUCCCAGAACAGCCGGUACAGCCGAGAGCGGAGAUUGUGCGUGCAUUGACAAAGAAGUCCACGAGUUCCAGAAGAGAGCAAAACCCCUUACCCCGCCGUGCAGCUGCGUUAUCGAUCAGAAGUAGAUCGCCGAGUUGGCAGUGAUUCUGGCGGAAGCGAGAUAAAGCGCGCAAGGAAUACAAAAUGGAUCACGCCAAACAUCGGGGGUCCACGCGACCGGCAAAGAUUCCGCUGAAGGAAGAAUCGACCGCUUAUCGAGCGCACAUAGCGCUGGGACUUUUCCUCGUAAUUAUGCUGUUAUCCUUCCCGACGCUUUGCGGAGCGCAGAGAGCGCAUCAUGAUCAUGAUCACCAUCAUCAUGAUCAUGACCACGAUCAUCAUCAUCAUCAUCAUCACGAGCGACCCAGCUUUAAGUAUUCCAUGGAGGCUAACCAAGGUUUCGAGGAAAAGCCGGCGGUCGAUCCACAUCAGCAUCAUCAUCAUCAUCACCAUCAUCACGAGGGAGAACACCACCAUCAUGAUCAUGGUGAGGACGGCCAUGAUCAUCACCAUCAUCAUCAUCAAGCGAAACCUGCCGCGAAGGAACCAAGAGAUACCUUCUACAUCUGGGUUCACUCGAUCGGCUCAACGCUGCUGAUCAGUGCGGCUCCCUUCUUUAUCCUUUUCGCCAUCCCGCUAGACAACACCGAGGAGAUGCAGCCUCGAUUAAAAACGCUGCUUGCGUUCGCUUCCGGUGGUCUGCUCGGAGACGCAUUCCUGCAUCUCAUUCCGCACGCCAUCCAGCCCCACUCGCAUGACGAUGGCCACGGACAUGGACAUAGCCAUGGACACGGGCAUGGUCACGGACAUGGGGAUGGUGAACACGAGCAUGGCCAUGAUAUGCGCGUUGGCCUUUGGGUGCUGGCAGGAAUCAUUGUGUUUUUGGCAGUGGAAAAAGCGGUUCGUCUGAUCAAGAAGGAUGGUGGACACGGCCAUAGCCAUGGUGGUGCGCAGAAAGCGGUCGCACCAAAGCCUGCUCCUAUUGCAUCCGACAAGAGCUCUUCUCCUCCUGGAUCGCCAUCUAAGGGCAGCAAGAAAGAUAAGAAGAAGGACCAGAAGGCAGAACCCGUGGCGACCGCCAGCAAGUCGACUAAGGAAGAGGCCAAGGCUAAAGGAAAAGCCGUCCGGAAGGAACCGAAAAAGGAGGAAAAGAUACAAAUUGCCGGCUAUCUUAACCUAGCCGCUGAUUUUACGCACAAUUUCACCGAUGGCCUAGCGAUCGGUGCAUCCUAUCUGGCCGGCAACAGCAUCGGCAUUGUGACUACGAUCACAAUUCUGCUGCACGAAGUGCCACACGAAAUCGGCGAUUUCGCCAUCCUGAUUAAAUCAGGCUGCUCGAAGAAGAAGGCAAUGCUGCUGCAGCUAACGACGGCCGUUGGUGCGCUUGCCGGUACGGUGCUGGCUCUGUUGGGUAGUGGCAGUGAGGCGGCCGAAUCCUGGGUCCUACCAUUCACCGCCGGCGGCUUCAUCUACAUCGCGACCGUUUCCGUCAUUCCGGAGCUACUCGAGGAAUCGACGAAGCUGUGGCAAUCGUUAAAGGAAAUCACGGCCUUGCUGGCCGGUGUCGGUAUGAUGGUAAUUAUCGCACAGUUCGAGUAGGACUCCAUGGUCUGGUUGGGUCAGUUCGUCUCGUCCAUCGCGCUCCUGAGUGGGCGUUCGUUGUCGUGUCCUGUGUGCAUGCCUGUGUACCUUCCAACCACUUGUUCAGUGUUAGUUUUCCAACUUAUUAGUUUAGUGCAUACGUUUAAAUGUAGACUCGUUCUUGAAGAGACCACAUUCGUUACCCAGGAAACAUAUUUGUUAUAAUUUUUGCCAUCGGAAACUUAAUUUUGAAAAUGGUCCUGUCGCCCAGUACGUUUGCCCAAUUGAUUGUGCCCGAAGGAGUUUCGUGCGAUUCUUUAGUGAUGGUCUUUUUUUCUUUCUGAUUAAUCAUACCAGAACAAAAGAUGAAUAGAGCAAUAUUACUGAUAAUGUUAACAAGAAUAAAAGAACAAUAAGUGAGUACUGCUAUAGGUCCAUCUCAGUUCCUCUUUGUUUAACACUAAGAACUGCAUUCUUUUUUAAUGAUUCCCUCGCGACAACGCACUUGGAGAUCUUGUUCCGCACCACUAGUCUUAUCGUAAUGCUGUGGCAAGCAACGUGUUCCGUUUAUGUCCGGUACCACGGAGAGCUGCAUACCGACCACAGUGGACGCUGUAUCAAUCGUUUCUUUCUUUUCGAUUGCGCUGUGCUGCCACUAAGUUCAAUUCGUGCAAAUAGUCACGCAUUACUGAUAACAUUGACAACGACAAUUAGCUAUCUACGAUUGCGCGAGCGGUGUGCGCCCUCACCUUUGUGUGUUAGGUGCCAGGAAGGUUGAUUCAACGGCAAUGCUGGCCAUCAGCAACAUGUGCGCCUGUGUUCUUGUGUAGAAUUGUCGAGUGUUCCUUUUGUUCUGGGAUAAUUAGUUGCUCCUGUGUUCGUUCUGUAGUAGAAGUAGCGAUCGGUGGUUGGUGCCGUUGUCCUGAUGAGCGAUCUACGCGACAUUCAUCCAUUUCAUUUUCAUUUCUCCAGGGAUAUUGCCUUAUGAUUAUAGAAGAAACGAUUGAAUCAUGAUCAUUGUAAGACGCAGGAUAAUAGGAUCUAGGCGCAGUUUUUGGCAAGGUUUUUAGCUUAACAAUCAUCAUUCAAAGCGAAGCUCGGCUUGGCAACGAUUUUAAUGUUCAAAACGGAAUCGUUAUAUGUAUGGGUUUGUAAAGCGCUGAUUGUAAAACAAUGGCAGUGGCUGUUGAUUGUUUAGAAAAUAAAUAAAAUAUAUAUA